AUGAAUACAUUCAGAUUGUUCAUUUGGUUCCUAUUGAUUUGUCAUCCACAACAAGCCAGAGAAAUCAUGAUUUCUGGAAUACUUCAUAGAAGUUUAUUACCAAACCUGGUCGUCUGCUAAAUAAGUCAAACAAGCCACUAAAGAUAUUUGAAGCUUACUGAGAUGAUCUUCCCUCUGGUGAAACAUCUAUAAAAAUGGCAAUGGAUGGCUUAAUCAUUCAUAAAUUAACUCUUUAUCUUGGGGCUAAAUGCCUUGUUGUAUAAGCACCUCUCUUCUCAGUACAAUUAAAUACUGGAUUGCAAUUGACUCAGCCUUCAUCCAAAAUGCCUGACUUUGAUGAUCUUUUGGAACACAUUGGGGAAUUCGACUUCUUCCAGAAAAGGGUGUUUUUUCUCAUUUGCUUUCUCUCAGUUGUCUUUGCCCCAGUCUACGUAGGAAUUGUUUUCCUAGGGCUUAUACCAGAGCACCGUUGUUGGACUCCGGGAGUUACUGAAUUAAGCAACCGGUGUGGCUGGACUCUUGAAGAUGAACUGAAUCACACUGUUCCAAAAGGGACAUCCAAAGAGGAUACUUUCACCCCUCAAUGCAUGAGAUACAACGUCAGCUGGAAUGAAAGUGGCCUGAGCUGUACAAAUCCCCUGGAAGACUUCACCAGUCUGGAGAACAGGAGCCUCGUUGUGACCACUUGUCAAGAUGGCUGGCUUUAUGAUGCUCCAGUCAUGUCCAUUGUGACUGAGUUUAACUUGGUUUGUGGAGAUUCCUGGAAACUAGAUAUGUUUCAGUCAGCUGUGAAUGCUGGGUUUCUGGUUGGAUCUAUAUUCGCUGGCUACCUAGCGGACAGAUUUGGACGGAAAGUAAGCCUUUUAAUUUCUGUCCUGGUAACUGCAAUCUCUGGAGUACUCGUUGCCUUCUCACCAAACUACUUAUGGUCUGUGAUAUUUCGUUUCAUCCAAGGCCUGUUCAGCAAGGGCAGCUGGAUGGCAGGUUACAGUUUGCUCACAGAAAUUGUUGGCCCAAGCUACAGGAGGACUGUGGCCAUUCUCUAUCAACUAGCCUAUGCCUUUGGCCUCCUCAUCCUCAAUGCUUUGGCUUAUGUAAUUCCCAAUUGGCGGUGGCUUCAACUUGCUGUUACUCUUCCAAUGUUCCUUCUCUUACUCUACUACUGGUGCCUCCCUGAGUCACCCAGGUGGCUGAUCACUCAAGGACAGAAUGCCCGAGCUCUGAAAAUUGUGGAUGAAAUUGCUAAAAAAAAUGGAAAAGUUGUACCUGCCUUUUUUGAGAAUAUUAAUCUUGAAGAAGAACAUGUAGAUGACACAAAGCUUAGCCCUUCACUGCUGGACCUUGUGAGGACACCACAGAUCAGGAAAUACACAUUAAUUUUGAUGUAUAACUGGUUCACAAGUGCCAUAAUGUACCAAGGACUUAUUAUGCACAUAGGAGUUGCUGGUGGAAAUGUUUACCUGGAUUUUUUCUAUGCCACCCUUGUUGAAUUUCCAGCUGCUUUCAUCCUCAUCAUCACCAUAGAGCGUGUAGGCCGUCGUUAUCCCUGGGCAGCAUCUAAUCUGGUGGCUGGAAUUGCUUGCCUGGUUACAGCUUUCAGCCCAGAUGAUAUGCAUUGGUUAAAGAUUCUUGCAGGUUCCUUUGGCAGGUUGGGAAUUACUAUGGCUUUUGAAAUGGUCUGCUUUGUCAAUGCUGAAUUGUACCCAACAUUUCUUAGAAACCUUGGCUUGAUGGUAUGUUCUUCUCUGUGUGAUUUUGGUGGAAUCAUAUCCCCAUUUAUAGUCUACAGAUUGGCAGAGAUCUGGCAUGAACUACCUCUUGUAGUCUUCACUGUCAUAGGGUUCAUAGCUUCUGGAUCAGUGCUGCUUUUGCCUGAGACCAAAGGGAGCACCUUGCCCGAGACCAUUGAUGACAUAGAAAACCUCCACAAACCUGCAUUAAACAAUCAAUCCUGAAGCAAAUUCAAGGUUAAAUAUUUUUGAAAUGUGUGUGCUCAGCUAUGGUCCAUAAAAAGUCCAGACCUACUCACUAACUAAUAAAAACAUUACACUAUAGAGUCUUUCAUUUGGACAGGUAUUUUAUACACACACAAAACACUCAUUUGUUCCACAUGUGCCUGUGUUAAACUGACAAACAUUGUCAAUAUAGCAAACGCAGCAGGUAAACAGUAAAAAUAAGCAGAGGGCAGUGAAAAUAAUACUUUUUACCUGAUAUUUAAACUUUGUGUUAUGACUGGAGGUUCUAGAUUUGUUAAAACACUAUUCCUCCUUUUUAUUUUAACUUUUGCGAUUUCAUUUUAGUUUUCUAUGCAUAUAUGUAUGCUGUAAAUCUUCUGUAGUGCUCAGAACCAAGAUAAACAUCCUUUUGCAGGUAAGAGACCAAUACAUAAAUAGAAAUUUUUAUAUUCUCCUGUUGGUUGCAGCAAAGUUGAAAAAUAGGCAGAGGGGUUAACAUUGGUGCAAAGCAUCAAGAGUUUGCCAGGACAAGUAAGGAAAUGAAUAUGGGUGUUUUGGUUCUGGCUGUGCAGGCCUAGAACUGGGAAGGAGUCAGAUGUAGAGGAAUGAUCACCCUUGCUAAGAUAAACAGAGAUUAAGAAAAAGCAAUAAAAGGCUUCUCAUUGGAUAACUUUGAAUCAGGAAGUCGACGUGGGAGAUGUCUAGAAGGAAAUGAAGGUUUGAGAAUGGAGAGAAAGAAACAGAAUCCAGAAGGAUUGGGUGGCUGGGUGGGGGAACAAGCUUGGAUGCACAUACCAAUCUAUCCCUGAUUCACAAAAAUGGGUGAAUCAAGGACAGAAAAAGAAACAGAAUAUUUGUUAAAAAGAAAAAAGAUAACAUAAACAGCUAAAGGGAAUAUGAGCCAAGUCUUAAGAUAGGGAAAAAGGCCAUCCAUGAGUAGAUAAGAGUUAAAGGAGAGAGGCAGCAAAAACUACUUUUCUCCCUGUAGUUUUUUUGUCUAGCAGAUUUCCACUCAUGCAACCAAUAAAGGUAGAGAGGUGCCAAGCGUGCAAAGAUUUGCAAGUACAGCACCAGCUUAGGCAAUGCAGAAAGGCAGAGGCAUCUGUUGGGGGAAACUGCACAGCAGAUCAAUCAGCUGUGGAAGGAUGGAAGCUCGGAGGACCAAGAGGAAGAACAGAUAGGAUUCAGAUGGGCCAGACAGGAAGAAAUUUACAGAAUAACAUAGUUGGAAGGGACCUUGGAGGUCUUCUAGUCCAACUCCCUGA